AUGGUCACACAGCCAAUACGAUGCGUUCUGUUUGAGCCCCCUUCUGACUUCGACGAGGAAGCUCCGAGCUCGACGACAUGCUCUGACGAGAAGUCUGCUCCUUCGCAACCUCUCUCACAGUCUCAACCUACGUCCGCUGAAGCUCCAGCUCCAGCUCCAGCCGACAAAAACACGGAAUCGAAGCUCGAUAUCGAGAGCUCGAUCUUCGAGACUUCCAAGGAUAUCCCUACAGUUCGCUCCACCACAGGCAUCGCCGAUGCGCACCUGCUCAAGGCGGGCAGUGCCAACCAGAACAAACUCUGGCCAGAAUGCACUUCGACCAUUCGAUACACUUUCCUCUCGAGCCCCCACGGAGGCACCAAAGAACAAGAGCAAAAGGUGCGAGACAGCAUUCAAGAGUGGACCUAUUAUGCCAACGUCGACCUCAAGGAGGUGAAGGUUGCUUCCGAUGCCGAUGUAAGGGUUCGGUUCGAUCCUCAAGACGGCAGCUGGUCCUACGUUGGUCUUGACGUCACGAAGGUAGACGCUCAGGCUCCGACCAUGAAUCUGGCCUGGGUUCAAAAGACAGGAGCACUUUCCCAGAACGAGCAAGCAACUAUCCUGCACGAGUUUGGACACACACUCGGACUGCUUCACGAGCAUCAAAGCCCAGCACAUGGUGCCAAAGCGACAAUCAAUGUGGACGCUGCUCUGGUAAUGUACAGCACCGGCCAGCCUUGGGAUGAUCAACAGGUUCGUGACCAGGUCAUCAACGCGUACAAGAACUCGGACAUCUCGAAAAUCUCAAACUAUUCUGAAGUCGAUCCGCGGUCGAUCAUGCACUGCCCUCAACCGAAAGAGCUGACCGGUCUCGACCGCGAUGUACCUUGCAACACCGGCUUGAGCGACCUCGACAAAGCUUACAUGGUCUUGCAGUAUCCACGCGCAGCACCGCACAAGAAUUCGCCCGAGUGGACCUUCGAACGCGCCUUAGAGGUCAUCGGCUGUCCCGGCUCGGUGCGUGAUGCAGUGCUGGACGCCAAGAGGAGAGGCACUGAUUCCCGAGGCAACGUUGAUCCAACCAACUUUCGAAAGCUUCUCGGUGAUUGGUCAGAGGGCGUACAGGAUCGUUCAAGACCAAACGUUCGCUUGAUGGACAAUGCUGAUGACGGUGCAGCCGACCAAGUGCUUUGCAAAAGCUCAGCAGCAGAGACGCUGCAAAACAGCAUCGUUGCUGUACCCAUCGGACCCUCUAUAGCUAGGCCGUUCAGCAAUCUGCUCAACUCUUGGUUUCCGGGAUCCGAGAGCGGGGAUGUACAGAUCCAUGUCAGGGAGAAGCAGCGCUUGUAUGACCUCAAAGGUGAACUGAACAAGAAAUAG